CCAUGAUGUGCGGGUGGGCUGUUUGCUUUGUUGCACACGCAUCCACUGCCCUUGCCUGGGCCUUCCGCCCUGCCUGCUCGUGUGAGUUGCGUGCUUUUACCGGACGCCUUCAAACCCAUCUCGCUCGCUCGCUCUCCCUCUCCUCUCUCCGUUCUACCAGUGUUCCAUGACUUCGACGCCGUGACGUCUAUCCCAUCUUUAACCCAUUUGCACACCGCUUACGACCACUCCACAAGUCUCGUGAAAGCAAACCACCUCAUCGGAACUCCCCGCUAUAUCCUUACUUUGACGACCUCCCAUGGCUCAUCACUCGCCUCGACCGUCUCUCGAUGGCCACAACCAUGCCUCUGCUCCCUUUUUCCACACGCUGACUCAACGCCUACGAAAAAGCUCAAAUGCCAGCUCUUACAGCUCAGACCUCUCGUCUCCGUCCCCGACCGACCCGACAUCGAGGACAGAGGCCACUCGAGCCGCCAGACGCAUGGUGCUGUCCAUGGUGCGAGACGACUGGGAAUGGCCCCCGCCUCCACCGCCGACACCCACCGUCAACAACGGCGGCAGAUCGCCCAUCCCUUACCGCGAGCCUCUCACAUACCGCUUACGCGAAGAAGCCCAAUCCGACCUAGAAAUCGAGGAGUUGGCCGCCAAACGCCGGGCGAAAAGCGACCCAUACAAGUUCGAAAGCCCCGAGGCGGUAGGAACGGUGAUUGCCGAACGCAGGAGGAAACGCAGAAAAAUGCAGGAAGAGGAAGUCUCCUGGAAUGAGGGGUUGAAAACCUGGAUUGAGCGUCGCGACGCCUGGACAGGGGCUCUGCAGCAGAAACCCAACAGCAACAAACCCACCGAACGACGGCCAUCGUCGACAACGAAAAGGCCUUCGUACAAAUCUCGCCUGUCUCAAGUCUUCACGGGACACAAGGGGGACCAGCCCAACUCUACCGAUGGAGGCUCGACAAGCUGGCCAGGGUCACCGGCUUCACCUACGCCAGAAUGCUCAAGCGUAGACAGCGUCGAAGCCACGUCGGCUGCCACACGAACUACCACUAAUACCACCGCUGAACCUCUCUCGCCUUCCUCGACCUCUCAACCGCCGUCGUCGCCAUCAUCCUCCUCAUCUACAGAACCUGGUCCUUGGAUACCCAUCUACCCUCCCAUACUUCCCCAAGACAACAUCAUUCGAGAACGCAUAAAACCUUCGGCGUACCCAACCAUCUACUCGAAAAUCGUGGUCCAAGGCCUCACGCCCAACGUGCCCAUCCCAUUAUGUCACAUGAUCCCCGCAUUGGUGGAAGGGUGGAAAUCAGAAGGGAACUGGCCGCCUCAACCCAGCGCCACACUCACGCAGGAUAUGAAAAAGGGGAGGAAGAGUAGCACCUUUGCCAAGUGGAGAAGAGAACAUUCUGAAGAUCAGCAGAACGGGCCGGAUUCUUCGCACCACCACCACUUUCUCCACCACGGCCACCACGGAGGUAGUGCUGUUGGUGGGGGCGGAGAAGUGGCAGCGGCCGUGGUGAGCGGGCCGAAGGAUUUCCAAAAUGCGCACGAAGAUGGCGGGAGAAGCCAUAGGGUGCGAAGAAGUAUUGGCAUGAUGCGGAGAGUCGGGUCGUUGCUGGGGGGAUCCAUGAGCAGUGACGGACUCGACGAGCUGGGCAUUGAGUUCCGCGACCAGGACGAGGAGGAGAUGGGGAGGAAUGUGGCGCUGAAUAAAGGGCUGGUUCGUUGAGGUCCCACAGGGGCGGACGAGGCAAGCGAGGGAGCCGGCAUGAUUGGGUCUUCCUUGGUUGUGUGUGCUUCGUGGGCGCCUGACCAAGCCAGGUGCACGAGCAGCAGCAUUGCACCGUUCUCGUUGCAUUGCGUUUGGAUGUUCCGGGGGGCACUCUGCACGUUGAUAUGAUGUGGCUACGAUGUGACAUGACAUGACAUGAUAGGUAUCUCACGACAAUGGAACUCGAUGACCCUUUGGCUACUGAAGAUUUCC